CGAGGCUGCGCAGGCUACUACCCUGAUGCCGUCAAUAUCACCGAGUUGUAUGGUUCACUAUGUCAUACCCUGGGGCCUAGACUGGUAAGAUUAGGACGGCAUCCGAAUGCCACACCCCCUGUCGUGCUGAUUGUCAGACUCUUCGAUGGCACAGGGCAAUAA